AUGACCCCCACUCUUGAGCCGCGAUAUGACACAAAUGAAAUCAUCCAGCUGGAUCCGAGGAAAGGCGAACGGGAAUAUAGCAUAUUGAUCAUCAACCCCAAUACCUCAACGCAUAUGACCGAAGCCCUUAAGCCCAUAUUGGCAAGCAUGAACUACCAAGAUGUGCACUUCGAGUACUUCACUGCUCCAGACUCCACCGUGGAGAUCGAUGGGGUCGAGAUUGACCCAAUCGCCAGCAUCAAUAACGCCGAAGAAUCGUGCAAGUCAGCAUUGAAUUGCUGGCCCGUACGGGAGUUUAUCGGCCAUUAUGACGCGUUUCUUGUAGCGUGCUACUCCGCGCAUCCAUUCGUUGGCAGGCUCAGGGAGGACAUUACGGCAAGCGAAGAAGCCAGCUCGACGAGAAACAAAUAUGUCACUGGAAUCUUUGAAGCAUCCAUCGCUGCUUCGCUCUCCUUAGUUAGUGGUUUCGCAUUGAAAGAUCCAAUCAAUCCAGCAGAGAAGCUACACAAGUACCAAGAGAAGGGCAGCUUUGGCAUUGUGACCACAGGCUCCGCGUGGAAGGAGGAGCUCACCAAUGCGGUCCAGGGAGCGCUGGGCUACGACUAUGAGGACGGGAGCUCCAUCCACUUUGCGGGCGUCGAGACCACCGGCCUGACAGCAGUUGAAUUGCACACCACGGAACCAGAGGAAGUGCGACGCAGGAUCAUCGACGCUACCCGUAACCUGCUUCGCAACUCGGAAUCUCGUGUUAAGGUUAUCUGUCUGGGAUGCGCAGGUAUGGCUGGCAUGGAGGAGGCGGUACGGGAGGGCUGUACUCAGGAAUAUGGACAUCCAGAAGGCCAACGUGUACGCAUUGUUGACGGGGUGGUUGCCGGUGCUGGAAACCUGAUCACAGCCUUGAAGGCAGGAUUCUGA